AUGGAAAUCCGAGGUCUCUUGCUUGGAUUGGGUGGAUUUUUCUGCAUUUAUAGAUCUCUUUCAGCAGAAUCCACGUGCAAGCUGAAGGCCAAGUUCAACCUAAACGGUUACAAGGAUGUAGAGAAGAAACGGGUUGUUGUUGGGGGAAUGUUUCCUGUUCACAUGCGUGUAGCUUCCAGUGACGGCAACACUUCUAAGGUGCCUGUUUCAUCAGGGUGUGAGGGAUUUAACUUCCGCACCUUCCGUUGGACCCAGACCAUGCUUUUUGCCAUCAAUGAAAUUAAUGAGAGGACCGACUUGCUGCCCUACACGGACCUGGGUUAUGUCAUCUACGACUCCUGCUUCACCAUCUCCAAGGCCGUGGAGGGAACCCUGACCUACCUGACAGGUCAAGAUGAAGCAGUGCCCAACUACCGCUGCGGCAAUGGGGCACCUCUUGCUGCGCUAGUUGGUGCUGGGGGCUCUGAUCUGUCUACUGCCACAGCCAGGAUACUGGGGCUUUAUCAUUUUCCACAGGUGAGCUAUUUUUCAUCAUGCUCUUCCCUGAGCAACAGGUUCCCAUUCCCCACUUUCUUAAGAACCAUUCCUAAUGACGACCACCAGUCUACAGCUAUGGCCCAGAUGGUGCUACAUUUUGGUUGGACUUGGGUGGGCGUCAUAGCUGCUGAUGAUGAUUAUGGAAAAUAUGGUAUCAAAAAAUUUAAGGAGCUAGUGGAGGAAGCUGGUGUCUGUAUUUCCUUCUCUGAGACUCUGCCCAAGGUGCGUUCUCCAGAGGCCAUCCACAGUAUAGUUAAAACUGUAGUUGAGUCCACAGCCAAGAUCAUUGUGGUAUUCUCAUCAGAAGUGGACCUUAGUCCUCUUAUCACUGAGCUGCUCCUCCAAAAUGUGACCAACCGCACUUGGAUUGCCAGUGAGGCCUGGACUACCUCAGCGCUCAUUAACCGAGCCGGGGUGAACUCAAUCCUGGCUGGUACCUUGGGUUUUGGGGUAAGGAGGGCUGAUAUCCCAGGUCUUCAGCGCCACCUACUGGGUUUGGAUCCCUAUACUGACCCGUUAACUGAGGAAUUCUGGGAGAUGUUGUUUAACUGCACAUUGAACUAUGGAAGAGCACUGCAAAUGGCCAAACAGAAGGCUGAAGAGGUGAACAGCACACAGCCCAGAGCAGUGAGAGGGGUACCCGAUGGGCUGUGCACUGGCAGCGAGUCUGUGGCACAGCUCAAUAACACAUACUCCGACGUCUCCCAGCUGAGAAUCACUUACAAUGUCUACAAAGCAGUGUAUGCUGUGGCCUAUGCCUUGCACAACCUGGAGCACUGUGAACCAGGAAAAGGGCCCUUCACUCAAAAUAGCUGUGCUAACAUCAGUAACUUUGAGCCAUGGCAGCUCAUGUACUACCUGAAGAAUGUGCGUUACAAAGUGCCUCACACGGAGGAGGAGAUCUAUUUUAAUGAUGGGGAGAUAGAGGGCUUCUAUGACAUCAUUAACUGGCAGGUCAGUAGUGAUGGGGAGAUAUCUUAUGUCAAUGUGGGGCACUACAAUGGAUCAGCAGCCCAGGAGGACAGACUGCACUUAAUGAAUGGCUCCAUCAUCUGGAACAAUGAAGCGUUAGAGCCUCCUCGGUCAGUGUGCAGUGAGAACUGUCAGCCUGGCACCAGAAAGGGGAUCCGGCAGGGAGAACCAGUCUGCUGUUUUGACUGCAUCCCAUGUGCCGAUGGAGAAAUCAGCAACACAACUAACGCUCGCGAAUGCAUCCUGUGCAGUGGAGAUUACUGGUCCAACGAUGCUCAUGAUGCCUGUGUGCCAAAAAUCAUAGAGUUUCUGGCCUUUGACGAACCACUGGGAAUCACCCUCAUCGUCAUUUCAGCCUUUGGAGCUUUAGUAACCAUUGCUGUUGGAGUGGUGUUUGUUCUGCAUAUUGGCACCCCUCUGGUCAAAGCCAACGAUGCUCUGUUGAGUUUCUCGCUUCUUUUCUCCUUGGUGGUAACCUUCCUCUGCUCCAUCGUCUUUCUUGGGGAGCCCAAGCACUGGAGCUGCAUGACCAGUCAAGUAGCUUUAGCUCUGGGCUUUGCUCUCUGUCUUUCCUCCAUCAUGGGUAAGGCAGCAGUGUUAAUGCUCAGAGCUCAAGCCCUGAAAGCAGUCCGAGUCAGAGCCAAAGCGGCUGCCAAAGCUGCAAAGGCUGCAGCAGAAGCUGCAGCUAACAGUGGCAGCCCUGAUGUGAUUGUAACCAAUAUAAAUAACAACGACAUCAGUGCCACAACAGACCCAGAAGUUGAUCGUCUCACAUGUGCCCACCAGAGGGCAAUAACUUCCUUGGCAACAUUAAUACAGGCCAUAGCGUGCACAGUGUGGCUCAUUAUCCUCCCUCCACAUCCUAUUAAGAACACUUCCGCCCAGAAUAUAAAGAUUAUCCUGGAGUGUGAUGAAGGCUCUUUGGUCUUCAUUUGUUGCAUCUUUGCGUAUGACAUUCUGCUGGCUUUGUUGACCUUCAUCUUUGCCUUCAUGGCCCGCAAACUGGAGGACCACUUCAGCGAGGCAAAAUGUGUGACCUUCGGCUUGCUGGUCUUCUUCAUCGUGUGGAUCUCCUUUGUUCCGGCUUAUCUCAGCACACGUGGCAAGUUCAUGGUUGCAGUUCAGAUUUUUGCCAUCCUGGCUUCCAGCUUUGGCCUUCUUACCUGCAUCUUCUUCCCCAAGUGCUACAUUCUUUUGGUCAAACCUGAACGCAACAAAGAGGAGAUGAUGAAGCCUCGUGCCAAACCCCGUGAUGGCUGCUUGUCUGGGACCUCUGCGUCCCUGGCGACAGCUGCUACUGAGGUCAAUACAUCAUUUGCAUCCACUGCCAUUGAUGAUCAGGCCAGAUAAAACCAAGAAAGAAACCACAAAAUUAUAAAAAUCAUGUAUUUGGGCCACUAGUUGAUACCUUUAAAUAACUGGCUCAGCUUAUUGGGGUUCUUAAUGUUGUAAUUUAAAUAAUCAUUAUGUUAAUCUAUAAUUAACAGAACAUAUACAAACAACAUUGAUGUCAGAUAAUAUGUACAGUAUGAACGAGUACAUUCUGCACCUGAAUGUGCAU